AUGGACGCCCACCACCACAACAGUUCUUACUCCGUUGUGGACUUUUUGCAGGAACUUGCCGAGCCUUACAUUCGGAGACGGGCAAUCCGCCACCUCGAAAAAGACCGCGUCGUCAUAUUCGGCGCUGGAACAGGCAACCCAUUCUUCACAACGGACACUGCUGCAUCAUUGAGGGCGGCAGAAAUUAAUGCAGAGGUCUUCUUGAAAGCAACAAAGGUGGACGGCAUCUACACCAGCGAUCCCAUGGACGAUCCUGCCGCCCUCCUGCUGGAGCACCUCUCGUAUGAGGACGUCCAACUGCAGGGCCUCCGGGUGAUGGAUGAAACAGCCGUGACGCUGUGCAAGGAGAACGACAUCCCGGUCGUCAUUCUCAGCAUCUCCCAGCCCGGCAACAUCCUGAAGGCCAUUAUGGGCGAGCCCGUCGGGACACUGGUGGAUUGGCGGCCCACAGAGGCGCCUCGCCAGCCUGAACUGGUACAGUUGGAAGCCAAUGGCGCAGGUUUGGAGAACAGCCGAUAG